CAAUUUGUAAAAAUGGGUUACAGCGGGAUCAGCUGAUAUUGUGUUCAUAUUUACGAACUGCUGGUAUUACAGUGCUGUUCUUGAAUUUAUUAUUAUCGUGGCUUAGAACCGGCUGCCUUGGAAGAAAUAAAAAUGGCUUUAAACGCUUUGUGCAAAACACUUCAGCGUCUUGAUAUUACACGAAAAGGUGGUUCAAGUUUUUCCAUUUCCAAAUAUCAUACAAUGCAACAACAUUCAAUCACCAAAAAUAUAGGAGCUUUAUUUAUUAAUACAAACGGGAUAGCAAAAGAUACAACCCCUUUUGAAAAUGAGCUUAAAUUUUCACAGAGAAGUAUCAACAUAGAUUUUGAUCUACCUACAAGAAAUUGCAGGAUUAGCAGCAUUAUAGAAUUUCCCAUUUCAACUAAUCUACAAAUUGGCGAACCACCGAAAUUAAAUAUAAUUGAAACCAUUAUCCCAGAGAAAUCAGUCGAUCUUCCUCCAAUUGAAAGAAACAUUGAGAAACAGGCAGCACGUCUCAUAGUAAUACGUAGAAAGAAGAUGAAGAAGCAUCAGUUGCGAAAGUUACGAAAACGCAUGAGAUUUGAGUGGGCCAAGGUGCGACAAAGACGUGAGCUUAAGAAGGAAAAAGCCUUUCAGGCUGAGCUCUUAGCUCAGAUUGACGUUGCCGAGAAGUUUGAUGCAAAGGCCUAUGUUGCAAGUCGAAUUCAUGAACUUACUAAAGAACGAUUACCAAAACGCUGGCGUGGAGAGAUUCUGCCAGAGUCCAUGAUAAGACAAUUUAUACAAGAAAAAAAAGCAAGAAAGGAGGCAGUUCGUAACAGGCCACGAAUAAAAUUAUAAACAGGCUGAGGAAGUUUCAUGUAAUGCACAGCUCACCACAACAUUAGGAUUAAAUGAAGUGCGAAAAGAUCAAAUAAAUAGAAUCAUGCGUGCUUCAUAGACAA